AUGACACAGCAACAAGAAAUUCAUCCAACCAUUUACAUCACUCCCAUGUCGGCUGCGCCACCUCAGGAUAUGAAACAACCAGCUGUCGUUAAGCAUUUAGUUCCUCAUCCAUUAACCGCAGACUGUAUUGAAGAAGUGUUGAAUCAUCUUUUAGACAGUAGCGGAACUUUAUAUUCUUGUGCUUUGGUCAAUCGUCUUUGGAGUAAAAUCGCCAUUCCUUUAUUAUGGUAUCAUCCAUUUGGAAAUAAAUUGCAUGGUAGAAAAGCUCAAAUCAUAUUUGAAACAUAUAUUUCUUGUUUUCCUGAUGAUAAGAAAAAUAUUUUAUCCAUGAAAAAAAUAUAUUUCCAAACAUCAAAACCAUUAUUCAAUUAUCCAAAAUAUUUACGCGGAUUUGACUGGAGCAAUUUCCAAUUUGCAAUAAUAGAAUGGUUUAGUACCAUGCCCCAGCAUCAUGAUCUAAUUUCAACGUUACAAUCUAGUAAAUUUUUUAUUGCAAAUUAUCUUAUUAGUAGAUGUAGUGGCUUGAGAGUUCUAAGGAUCGACCUUGACGAUUCAACUGAAGAUAAUAAAUUAUUGGAUUUAGCAUCACUUCCUAAUUUUCGGUUCAUAUUUAAAAAACUUGAAAAACUUGAGAUUCAAUAUGAUAUAUGUUGCGAUAAUUGGAGGCACAGCAUAGAUAUGAUUUCAUUAUUUGCAACUAAAUUAUCUAUAUGUUCUAGAAAUAUUCAGCAUAUUUCUAUUGCUGAUAAAAACUUUAGAGAUAUUUCUUCACGGCUUUCUCCAUAUGUUUGUGAGGCAUUUUGGCAAUUGAUCAAGGUUCAAACGAAUCUUAUUACUCUUGAAGUCCAUGAAUUUUGGCAUCCUGAAAGAUCUGAGUUAUUUUAUAAAGCUCUUGAAUCUCAAGCUCGUUCAUUGAAGCACUUAAACAUCUCACAUAUUUCACAAUUUCAUCUUUUACUUCCAACAUUAACAAGUUGUACUAAUCUGGAAACUUUAGAAUUUCAAACCGUACCCGAUACAAAUAUGGAAACAUUGAUAUAUACAAAAGACUCGACAUCUCAAUUAUCAAUUAAAAAACUUUUAUGUUAUGAUAUCAAAGGGGAUCCAAAAAUUCAUAGACUCACUUUAGGGAUCAUUAUUUUUAUGACAAAUCAACAUUUAAGAGAACUUUACCUUCCAAUUGAAAUUAGACCCGAAUUAUUAGAUGUGAUUUGUCAAUAUUGUCCAAAUCUUGUAACUUUACAUCUUGUUUUGACAACACCGCUUCUUUUAAAAAUUCUUCCUUACAUUUCCACUUUGCCAUUGAAAUCUUUGGCGCUAUUUGACAAAGAUAAAUUAUCAUUUUCGAUAGAAUUAAUACAACAAGUGGCUCAAUCAUUUCCUUCUACGUUAUGCAAUUUGGAAAUUAAUUUUCUUAUGACAUCGCAAGGGCUACAAUAUUUUUUGGGAAAUUGUAAAGGAUCAUUGAAGAAGUUGGUAAUUCAUAAUAAAACUAUGAAUGAUCAAUAUUUGGCGGUAGUGACCCGUUAUGCAAGAGUUAAAAGAAGUUUGAAAAAGUUUAAGUAUGAUGGGAAGUUUUCUGAAGAAAUGUUAGAUAAUGCUAGAGUUUGGAUUCCGAAGAUUGAGAACAUUUAA